AGUUUUACACAUGCGCAAAAGACGGGCACCUUGGAUACGUACAAACACCAUAUUGAUUGUCAACAGCAGGAUUUAAAGAAAGGUGGCAUCGUAAAAUUAACAAGAUGCCGACCGGUACAGGCCUCUUACAAAGACCCAUUAAUGAACAGAUUGAUGAACUCAAGUCCAAGAUUGCCCUCUUGGAGGGUGAUCGAAAGGCUUACUAUGAGACUUCACAAUUUGCAAUGAAGAAGAACAGGGAAACAAUCCUAAAGUUAAGGAAGGAAAAUAAAGAAGUCAGAAAGAAGCUGAGUGACUCCCUCUCACAAGAUCAACAUGUCAUCAAUAAAGCAUUCCAAGACCGACCUGUUGAAAGAGCCUCCAUGAAAAACAAAACUGGCAGGCAAGCUAUAACUGUGAUGGACUACAAGGUGUGUGACACAAUGAAGAGACUGAAUGCCCUGAAACAUCAGACUGCCGAGAAGCAGAAGAGACUGGAGAAAUUACAGACGGAGUACCAACAAAUGGUGGACGACAGCUCCGAGGCUGUGGCCACAGACAAAGGGGAGUCCAAAGACGCACAGACAAUGCGAUAUCUUGAGAAUAGCUACGAUAAAACCAAACUAAAGAUAGAUGAGGCUUCCCAUUUAAAAAGAAUUUAUGAGGACAUUAAGAGGAAACUAGAAGUUGAAGCUGGUAAUUUCCCCAGUGUGUUGGAUUGUAUGGAGGCUGAAAUCAGAAGCACGAAGGCGGAACUGAAGGAGUUACGAGCCAUGCAUGACGACGCACACAUCUCCAAGGAAGCCGCUCAGCAGGAGCUAGCCAAGCACGAGAAGGUGGUGUACACAGAGCGUAAACAGCGUGAGGUGGAGCUACAGAAGAUGAAGAAGGAGGCAGAGGAGAAGAAGAUGCAGCAUGAGAGAAUUGAGCGAAGAAUAGCUCAGCGUGGCUCGAUUCAGCAGGAUGAACUCUCACCUCAAGAGAAGCAGGCCCUCCAGGGAGAAGAGCAGCAGCAGAAAAUCACGACGUACGAGGAGGCCUUCCGGCGAAUCAAGGAGGCCACCGGCGUAUCAGACACCAUGGAAGUGGUCAGGCGAUUUGAGGGACAAGAUGAAACGACUAAGCACCUGGAGGCAUUACAAAAGGACAAUGACAAACAGAUCACACGUCUGAAGGAAGAGAAGGAUAAACUACAGGCCGAGUUUGAGGACAUGAAAUACACAGGAGAUGCUAAACUCUCAAGUGGUCAGAGGAUGCUGGAGGAAUUCCAGUCUCACCUUCAGAAGGAGGAGGACAGACGAUCAAAUGCCGAGGAUCACCUCAAUAGAAACAGUCACAUCAUGGUCUCCGUCAAGGCAGGGGUGGAGCACCUGUCUGACAAACUUCAUCACCUCAAAGCUAGCAAAGGACAUGUUCCCACUGCACAGAUUGCUCCGACCUCAGACGAGUAUGUUCUGGAUCAGCUUUCUACGUGUGAGGAGAAACUGCUGAAACUAUUGGAGGAAUUGGACGGCAAAGAUCUCCAGGACACCAUGAAACAGAUGGAAGAGGAAGAGUUCCAUGCCAGUGUAGAAGGAAAACUGCCUCAGUACAACACAAGGAUCAAACUCCCCACCACGCAGAGGGACAUGGUCUAUGAUGAUGAUGAAGACAGCGGGGAUGAUGAUACAGAUGUUCCAAAUCGUAAUGCAAUUAAGAAACAAUCUCAGUUUAUUGUGGACUCUAAAACUAAACGGCGCACCACCAAGAAAAAGAAAAAGACCAAGUAAUGAUACAGACCUAAUGUGACCUGACAAACCGAGCAUAUUGACUCAUGAACCGUUACUUUCUCACCAGUAAUUAUUGUAAGGUGAUAUAUUUAUUCCGUUAACUAAAUUCUAGUAUUUAAAUCGUUAUAUCACUUGAAAUAUGAGAAAGAAAUUAUUUUAAAAAGUUGUAAAAGGUUUUGCAUGUGAUCAUGUUGUAAUUUAAAUUAUACGUUAAUGCCUGAAUCUAUUGUAUUUUAUUUCCUU